AUGAAAGUUGAUGGAUGGGGGAUGUAUGUUUUGAAAGAAAAACUGAAACUGAUCAAAGGAAAACUAAAAGAUUGGCACAAGCAACACACGCAAAACCUGGAAGGUAAGAUCAAGAGUGCUAAGAAAGAACUAAAUUUUCUUGAAUUUAAAGGCGAAUCAACGACUUUAUCCUCAAUGGAGAUAGACCGCAAAAGAGAAGUGUACUCAUAUCUGCAUAAGUUCAUGAAUAUUAAUUGUAGUAUCCAAUGCCAAAGAGCUAGAAUCAAAUGGCUGAGAGAAGAAGAUGCGAACUCCAAUUAUUUCCAUGGCUGCAUUAACAGAAGAAUGAGAGAAAAUGAUAUCCUGACCUUAGAAGUGAAUGGAAGAAUGACAAAGGAAGCAAAUGUUAUUAAAAAGGAGAUUUUCACUCAUUUCCAGGGGUUGUUUGAAGGCAGAGGUGUAAGACCUAUUCCAUCUAAUAUGGUCUUCCAAAAAAUGGAAGAAGGUGACAGAGAUCGGUUGGUUCAAGAGUUCUCAGAAGAUAAAAUUCGUAGAGCGGUAUGGGAAUGCGAGAGCUCAAAAAGCCCAGGUCCUGAUGGAGUGAAUUUUGGGUUUAUAAAAGAUUUCUGGGAGACCGUCAAAGGGGAUUUUUUUAGAGUCCUAGCAGAAUUCCAAACUUAUGGAAGGAUGUUAAAGGAGCAAAUAGUUCUUUUAUCGUCGUUAUCCCAUAGAAGAACAACGCGUCAAGGAUUUCAGAUUAUCGGCCAAUAUCCCUCCUUGGAUGCAUAUAUAAAGUUAUCUCCAAAGUGUUGGCAAACAGGAUGA